AGCGUCAUAGUUCUUUUGUCCGGCAACGUCCAACCAUGCUUCGCCGUCUAAUCAAAGUUCGAUAUACGACAGACUUACGGCGAAUCGCAACGGUUGCAGUAGGUGGAGUAGCGCAAAAGUCCCGUGGUCAGGACGUGGCCGAGGCUGAAACGAAAUCCUUUUCAGACUUUCUCACAGACAAAUUUGGACGUCAGCACAACUACCUACGCAUUUCACUGACGGAAAGAUGCAAUCUGCGAUGUCAAUAUUGUAUGCCAGAGGAAGGAGUGGAACUUACACCGCAAAUGGAGGUUUUGACUUCCGAUGAAAUAGUGAAGCUUGCGUCUCUGUUUGUUGAGCAAGGUGUCGAUAAGAUUCGACUGACUGGUGGAGAGCCGACAAUACGAAAAGACAUUAUUGAUCUAGUUGGGUGGUUGAAAGGGAUCUCCGGAGUAGAAACACUUGCUAUGACGACAAACGGACUAACUAUAGCAAGGCACUUGCCUCGUUUGAAAGCAGCUGGGUUGAACUUGCUCAACAUAAGCUUGGACACGCUAUUGCCGGCAAAAUUUGAGUUUAUCACACGAAGGAAGGGAUGGUCCAGAGUGAUGCAAAGUAUUGACAAAGCGAUUGAAGUAGGAUUUCAGCCAGUGAAGGUGAAUUGUGUCGUUAUGAAAGGAUUAAAUGAUGACGAACUGUGCGAUUUUGUGGAACUGACAAAGAGCAAGGUAAGUGAAGAUAUGACAGUGCGGUGGAAAAUUGCAGCAUUGUUUGUGAGGCAGGAAGUCGACGUACGCUUUAUUGAAUACAUGCCGUUUGAUGGGAACAAGUGGAAUCAUAGCAAAUUUGUCAGCUACGCCGACCAACUUGACAAAAUUAGAUCACACUUUCCCGAUAUUUAUCGUUUACAAGAUGCUGCUAAUGAUACAUCAAAGGCGUUCAAAGUGCCCGGUUAUAAAGGACAAGUGGGGUUCAUAACAUCGAUGAGCAAGAACUUUUGUGGCUCGUGCAAUCGUCUCCGACUGACUGCUGAUGGUAACUUAAAGGUGUGUUUGUUUGGAGCGUCAGAAAUAUCACUUAGAGAUGCUCUAAGGUCCGGAAUGUCUGACAGUGAUUUACUGGAGUUGAUAGGAUGUGCUGUCAAGAGAAAGAAAGCCCGGCAUGCUGGAAUGUUUACAUUGUCACAAAUGAAGAAUCGUCCUAUGAUUCUUAUCGGUGAUGCAGUGAGGAGUUUGGUGGGUGUUUGUGUGGCUGUAGAUGUAUUGUUAUUUUCUCAAUGGUUGAAUGUGUUGUCUGAGAAGAGGAAGAGUCGGUCUGCUGGUCUGUGGAGUCGUUCUGUCAUUCCGUACUCCACCGAGCUUUAUGGUCUUAACUCAUGGUGUCGUCGUAUGUUCAACUCUUCUUCAUUCCGUAGUCUGUGCAAGACAACUCUCACUCAUGUCAAUAGCGAAGGACUGGCUCGGAUGGUGGAUGUGAUGGACAAACCUGUAAGCGAAAGAGUGGCUGUUGCUGAGGCAAUCGUUGAAUUGGGAGAGGAGGCAUAUGUAGCUAUCAAAGACAAUGAGGUAAAGAAAGGCAAUGUUCUGAGUGUAGCUCAGUUAGCAGGAAUUCAGGGUGCCAAGUGGACAUCUCAUCUUAUCCCACUGUGUCACGAUGUCGGCCUCACUCAUGCUGAUGUCAGUGUAGAACUUAUUGAUGACCACUACGCGGUUAGGAUAAUUGCUUCGGCAAGAGCUAAUGACAAGACGGGUGUAGAAAUGGAAGCACUGACUUCUGCUGCUGUCGCGGCGCUGACGGUUUAUGACAUGUGCAAGUCGAUAUCAAAAGGGAUUGUCAUCAGGAAGGUGAGGUUGGUGAAGAAGACUGGUGGUCAGACAGGUGACUAUAAUGGUGAUGACCAUGUCGAUAAUGUGUAAAUUGCUGCGAGCUGUUUCACUGCUGGCUCUUUCAUAUCGUGUUGUAAUAGCCUUACAACUCGUAACGUUGUUCAAUAGCCCUGUACACCGGUCCUACUGUCUUAUUGAUUGAAUACAUGCUUGCUCGUUUGUGGAUUAAUUAAACAAAGGAAGUGUUUCCUGCACAUUUACUAA